CACGCUGGACAGCAGACUUCAAGACAUUUGUCGGAUCAGUCAGGAGACCUCCAUCACACAACAGCUACUGUAUAAGUUUAAACAUAGCAGCCUUUAAAAAUAAGCUGCAUGUAAGCAAGCCCUCAAUUAUUUACCAGGUUGAAUCAGUCAAUGAAUCAGCCAUCGAGACUGAUCAAUAAUACAUUGUCAUUUCGCGCACGGUCACGCACGGUGCAAAUUAAUAAACUGGAUGCGGUUUAUUAAUUUAGAUGGGGUUCAGAUAAGAAGUCGGUCGGUGUGCCGCGAGAGAGAGAGAGAGAGAUACAUCGACGCUACGCUUCUUCAGUCGGAGGGAGUCAGAGCGACUGCUGGUUCCGAGGCGGGAGGACACAUGGGUCGACACCGCAACCUUUCGUUCCUGCUCUAAUGCGUGCGUUAAAUACGGCAAGGAAUCCGAUAUGAACGCUCCCGGGCUUCCCAGCGUCCACCCCUGACGUUUCUGCGCGUCCGUGUUUUGCUUCUUGGAUUUGGGGAGACGCUACGCGUUAUGCACAGUGCUGAAAACGGGACUGCGGACGAUAUUUUACUCGCUUCUUCGCGUCUCGUGUGGACUUACCGUCAGUGAGUCGCGUGUCAAACGUCGCACGGACGGUGCGAGUUGUUUUGUCGGGAUUUUGACGCGAGCGCGGUCAUUCGAGUAAGAACUUAACAUGUCGGAUUGUUUUUCGUCGUUUCGUGCGUCUUUAUCGCGAAUUUUCUCCCUCCGUUAAUUCUCUGGACUGCUCCGCUCGGGCUGUUCGUUUUUGAUCUGCAUGCAUCCGCACGAAGAAGGAGAAACCGACAGAUAAACGACAGGAGGACUGAAGAAUGAAUGAGAUUCACUGAAGAUCAGGAGGAAACGCAGUAAGGUUCUCCAUCAGUGAGAGGGCGUGAGGGAAGGAGUGCUCCGCAUUCAAGCUCCCGCUGACCGCACUCCCCCCGCCACCCUUCGCUCCAUCCACAGCAUGGCUCUCGCUCUCUGGAUCCUCUUUACCUGCACCAUCACCCUGAGCAACGUCAGCCCCUCUGCCCAGGCGUUAAGUCGCUCUGCAAUGCCAUUUGGUCUGAUGCGGAGGGAGUUGGCGUGCGAGGGUUACCCCAUCGAGCUCCGCUGCCCUGGCAGUGACGUCAUCAUGAUCGAGACAGCCAACUACGGUCGCACGGAUGACAAGAUCUGUGACGCCGACCCCUUUCAGAUGGAGAAUGUACAGUGCUACCUGCCAGACGCCUUCAAGAUCAUGUCGCAAAGGUGUAAUAACCGGACUCAGUGUGUGGUGGUGGCCGGGUCUGAUGUUUUUCCCGACCCCUGUCCAGGAACCUACAAAUACCUGGAGAUCCAGUAUGAAUGUGUGCCAUACAAAGUGGACCAAAAAGUCUUUGUAUGUCCUGGGACUCUAUUAAGGGUGCAGGCAGCAAGUUUGCUGCAGGAGGCGGAGCAUCAGUCGGGGGCAUGGUGUAAGGAUCCCCUCCAGUCUGGUGACCGUCUUUACGUCAUGCCCUGGACUCCGUACCGCACAGACGUGCUGUAUGAGUAUGCUUCAUGGGAAGACUUCAAGCAGAAUCGAGCCACAACCAAUUACAAGCUGCCAAAUCGUGUGGAUGGAACAGGUUUUGUUGUGUACGAUGGUGCCGUCUUUUACAACAAGGAGCGUACACGCAAUAUUGUGAAAUACGACUUGCGCACACGUAUCAAGAGUGGUGAAGCCAUAGUCAAUAAUGCCAACUAUCAUGACACCUCACCAUACCGCUGGGGGGGCAAGUCUGAUAUUGACCUCGCAGUGGAUGAAAAUGGUUUAUGGGUCAUCUACGCUACCGAGGCCAACAAUGGACGACUUGUGGUCAGUCAGGUUAACCCCUACACGCUGCGCUUCGAGGGAACCUGGGAGACAAGUUUUGAUAAACGUCUGGCGUCCAAUGCUUUUAUGGCAUGUGGUGUUCUAUAUGCAGUCCGCUCUGUUUAUCAGGAUGAUGACAGCGAAGCAGGUGGAGAUCUGGUGCUGUAUGCAUACAACACCAACCGAGCACGGGAAGAGCCCGUCCACAUCCCAUUCCCCAACCCUUACCAGUAUGUGUCCUCUGUGGAUUACAACCCACGAGACAAUCAACUUUAUGUCUGGAACAACUACAAUGUACUCCGCUACCCCCUGGAGUUUGGCCCACCAGAUCCCACUGCUGGUCCACUCGUCCCCACUCAGAUGAGCAGCAGCACCACAACCGCAGCCAGACCAGUUACUUCUAGCUCUAUCCCCUCAACCAUGCGACCUUUGCCCCCAACCGCUCACCCAAUUGGGGCCAUCAACAAGGCGCCAGACCUGCGACCUAUCACCGCCACUGUGCCAGUGACUCGCAGACCCCUGCGUGUCCCACCACAGGGUACCGAGCUCCAAGUGUGCGAAGCCAGAGUAGCCCGUGGGGUGCAGUGGCCUGCCACCCAGAGGGGGGAGACUGUAGACAGGCCGUGCCCAAAAGGAUCAUUAGGCAUCGCAUCCUUUCAGUGCCUGUCCUCUCCUGUGCUGUGGAAUCCUCGUGGCCCUGAUCUUAGUAACUGCACCUCCCCAUGGGUCAACCAGGUGGCCCAGAAGAUAAAAAGCGGAGAGAACGCUGCAAACAUCGCUGCUGAGCUGGUGAACCACACGCAGGGCCGCAUUCACGCUGGUGAUGUCAGUUCCUCUGUCAGACUCAUCGAGCAGCUAUUGGAUAUAUUAGACGCACAGCUGCAAGCACUCAGACCCGGGAAUAAGGAAUCGGCAGCCAGGAACUACAAUAAGUGGCAGAAAAGAGAGAGGACCUGCCGGGCUUAUGUUCAGGCGGUUGUGCAGACCGUGGAUAAUCUCUUGCGCGCCGAGGCUUUAGAGUCGUGGCAGGACAUGAACAGCACGGAGCAGGCGCACACCGCCACCAUGCUGCUGGACGUCAUGGAGAAAGGAGCCUUCCUGCUCGCCAAUAACAUGUACAAUAAUCACUUCUCGGACCACGCUGCCAAUGUUGAUCUAGAGGUGCGCGUGUUGAACACAGAGACAGAGUCCCAGGAUCUGUCGUUCCCUCAAAACGGUCCCAGUGACAGCAGCAUCCAGCUCUCGGCCUCCACCUUCAAACAGUACAGCCGCAACGGUCAGGUAAAAGUGGUCUUUGUGCUUUAUAAGAAUCUGGGUUCGUUCCUGUCCACUGAAAACGCCACUGUGAAGAUGGAAAUGGAGGCGGGGCCUGGUGGGCGGGGCCUGGCAGUGAAUUCGCACGUCAUAGCAGCGUCCAUCAAUAAGGAGUCCAGUCGAGUGUUUCUCACCGAGCCUGUGGUGUUCACCCUUAGACAUUUACAGCUGGAGAAUCAUUUCAGCCCAAACUGUUCAUUCUGGAACUACUCCGAGCGUUCGAUGACGGGCCAGUGGUCAUCUCAGGGCUGCAGGCUGAUGGAAACCAACAGCACGCACACAACUUGUUCUUGCAGCCAUCUAACCAACUUCGCCGUGCUCAUGGUGCACCACGAACCCGACUAUCCAGGCAGGAUGCACGAGUUGAUCCUCUUUGUGAUCACAUGGGUGGGCAUCGUCAUUUCGCUGGUGUGUCUCGCCAUCUGUAUCUCCACCUUCUGCUUCCUGCGAGGCCUGCAGACCGACCGCAACACCAUCCACAAGAACCUGUGCAUCAACCUCUUCAUCGCCGAGCUCCUCUUCCUCAUCGGCAUCGACAAGACGCAGUACCACAUUGCAUGCCCCAUUUUUGCGGGUCUGCUACAUUUCUUCUUCCUGGCUGCGUUCUCCUGGAUGUGUCUGGAGGGAAUCCAGCUGUAUCUGAUGCUGGUGGAGGUCUUUGAGAGCGAAUACUCCCGAAAGAAAUACUACUACCUAUGCGGCUACUGCUUUCCCGCCCUGGUGGUGGGCAUCUCGGCAGCCAUUGACUAUCGCAGCUAUGGGACAAAAAAAGCGUGCUGGUUGAGGGUGGAUAACUACUUCAUCUGGAGUUUUAUCGGCCCUGUGUCCUUCAUUAUCAUGUUGAACCUGGUGUUCCUCAUGAUAACACUUCACAAGAUGGUCCGUAACUCAUCCGCCCUCAAACCCGACUCCAGCCGCCUGGACAACAUCAAGUCCUGGGCUCUUGGGGCUAUCGCACUGCUCUUCCUCUUGGGUCUGACUUGGGCCUUCGGCCUCCUCUUCAUCAAUGAGAACACAGUCAUCAUGGCUUAUCUUUUCACUACCUUUAAUGCCUUCCAGGGCAUGUUCAUCUUUAUCUUCCACUGUGCUCUGCAGAAAAAGGUGCAUAAGGAGUACAGCAAGUGCCUCCGUCAUUCUUACUGCUGCAGCCGUACCUCCACCACGAGCUCUCAUGGAUCGCUGAAGAAUUCUGCCCUUCGUGCCAACAACCGCUACUACACCGGGAGCCAGGCGCGUCAUGCAGCGGUACACAGACAGAGUCGAAUUCGUCGUAUGUGGAACGACACGGUGCGAAAGCAGACAGAGUCGUCCUUCAUGGCUGGAGACAUCAACAGCACUCCCACUCUCAACCGUGGUACAAUGGGAAACCAUCUUCUAACCAAUCCUGUGCUGCAAACCCGUACAGGAAGUUCACCUUACAACACGCUGCUGGCUGAAACGUUUACCCCUCCCUCGCCUGGAGUCUUCAACUCUACUGGAACUUUCCGUGACCCAAAGAGCACCCUGUCUAAAAACCGAGAUCAUGGAGGCAUGGAGACGCUACCUCUAAAUGGGAACUUCAACAACAGCUAUUCUCUGCGUAGUGUUGGGGGUUCAGGAGCUCCCGGGGGAAGCUGUGACUUCCUGGGAGGUGGAGAUAGCCCCCCUCCUGUGUUCAACCCCCGUGGUUCAGAAACUCUCGGCGGCAUACGGAGAAACCUCUCUGACGCAGCAGCGUUCGAGAAGAUGAUCAUAUCGGAACUUGUGCACAAUAAUCUCCGAGGUGGUGGAGGGGCUGGGGGCGUUGACAGAACAUGUGGCAGUCUGGUCAGAGGAAUGGGGCGGGGCGGAGGCGGGGCAGAGCCAACGAUAGGCAUGGAGGACAACGACGACUUUCGUUCGCGAGAAGUGCGUCAGCGCACGCCGCAAGAUGUGGAACUUCUUUACAAAGCUCUGGAGGAGCCCCUGCUCUUGCAGCGUGCCCAAUCCGUGCUCUACCAGAGCGACCCAGACGAGUCCGAAAGCUACACGGCCGACCUGACCGAGAGUUUGGGCCACAGUGGUCACAGCGGCCAAAGCGCAACAGGCCAGGGCCAAAACGGAGGCCCCGAUUCGCCUGCGCGGGACUCCCUCUAUACCAGCAUCACCAACCUGCGAGAUUCGCCCUACCCCGACAGCAGCCCAGAGCCUCUGGAGGUGGUUCCGCGUUCAGCCCAGCCUCCGGAGGAGCUGUACUACAGCUCGGGUCGGCCUGCCAUAGGCUCCCGCGGAGCACCUAUGCAGACCUUCUACCAGGCUCCGCCUAGGAGACCGAGCACUGAAGCCCACCCCGCCCCUGAGCCCCCUCACAGCGAGGGAGAUGGACAGAUGCAGCUGGUCACAAGCCUGUGACCACGAGAAAGAGGUGGAGGAGGAAGAGCGCCACAGGGUCUGAUGCAAAGUGCCGCUGGCGAUGAUGGACUCCUCUCCUGUCUCUGACACCCUCCUUAUGUCUGGUUGCCUUUUUGCUCUUUCAUUUGUUUUGAAGUAAGAGGUAAGGAAAGCCUAAACAGGGAGAGCGACAGAGAGGUUUGUCUCCAUGGCAGCAGGCUCUCUGAAGUGCUGUGUAACCACUCUGCUCUCUCAUCAGCAUCAUUUUCUCCUCCCUCCUGACGCACACACAUAGAGAAAGAGCAAGUCCAACUAUCUGCCUUUUCUCAGUGGACGUCUCUGCCUUCAGCUCUCUCUGCUCCAAAAAUAUCGUCAAACUUCACACCGGGUUUCUAUUUCUGUGUUUUAUUUCAAGUCCUAUCUUUAAAAUGUUACUUUUGCGUAACUCCUUACCUUCGCUUUCCUUUCUCCAUCAUUAUUUGAUGAGAGCUGUUACGUGAGGAAAUGGGGGUAUGCCAUUAUACUGCAAGUGACAAAAAAAUCUCUCUGAAAGCUCUUCAGUGUUGCCAAAAAUAACUGUUUUUGAGCCAGGACACAAACUGGAAUCUACACACACGCGCACACACACACUCACAGAAGUGCUUGUUACUGAACAUCAAGAGUGUGAACAUAUGCUCAUGAAAAAGGAAAACAAGGACUAUUGUUCAGACACAGGUAGCGGGAAGCUGCCUCAGUGGAGUUGCCUUUAUUUCUUUCUCUGAACUGACUCUUCUGUAUAGAACAACCGCAGAGACUGGGAACGAGGUGGGGGGCGUUAGGGCGCAACCCAUCGUCAGCUGGGUCGUUUGAAGCCUAUUGGCCAUGGGACCUCUCGUGAAUGAAACUCUGUAGGGUUUUGUCUCUGAUCCACAGAAGGGGUUGGAUUAAGGACUGAACCUGCUCUCCGAAUCACUGAUGGAUGUUGUAGGUGGACGUGCUGUAUCACCUGUGUUAUUGUGGCUAGAAGAAUUUUUUUGCUACCGUUCCAGCCAUUCUUCAAGUCCGACCUCUGUACAUAUGAACCACACGAAAGCAAAAGCAAGUCUUACUCUACUCGUCUCCUGUACAUAGAAGAACAAAAGCAACAAAAAAGUAUCAAAAUACUAUGAAAAACAGUUGUACUGCAACGGAAAUCGAAAAUAAAGAUGUUUUGAAGUUUGUGACCUAAACACCACGCCACUCUCUCCCUCUCUCUUUCUUUCGCUCUCUCCGGCCCUCGUUCGGUCCUGCCCUGGAGCACCAUGGUGCCAGGAAAUCUAAUUGUCUGCCAAGAGACAGCGAGAGAGAGAGACAGAAAGAGAAGGAUUUUACAUACAAACGAGAUAAAUCCUGGCACAAUUUUUAUGUAAUAUAACCCAUUACAUUGUUGGUAAUGUUUGACCUUCAACAUUCACAGACAGGAAGCGCUUGACGUGAAUGGAAGGGCAAUACACUGUGCCUCAGGGGCGCACUGGUGCAUUGUGGGUUGAUUGACAGCAGCCAUAAUGUAGUGUUGGUUAUAUUUUAUCUGGAAGAUGUAAUAGAUCAGACGACUAGAUGAAUAGAAUAUAAGAUAUUUAGGUGAAAAAAAAAAUUGGGGGGCACAUUCGGAAACGUUUCAGUCGCAAACCCUAGAUUGUAUUUGACUGUUUUUACAUACCAAUAUCAGCUGUUGUUUCUGAACCUGGUGUGACAGUUGAUUUACAAUUUGUAUGUGUAUGUCUGAACGUGAACAUUUGGAUGCCUGUGAAACAAGAGUACGUAUGUGAGCGAGUGUGUAUCUCAGAGGCUAUUUUUACUGGGUUAGAUGGACCCGCAUUAGAAGAACAGGAAGCAGAGUAAAUCUAUAUCUAUAUAAGAGCUCAGUAUAAGCUUCCAUUUAAAAGACUUUGUUAAAGGUAUUUUAAAUGUUGUUUUUUUGCCAGUCAGGUACAAUGGAAACUGAGGUUGAGAACAAAAAAAUUUAAAAUCAAAACAAAACAGGUUUAGCAUUCAUUGAGCAACAGGAACUUCUGACCAAUGAGACACAGCCUCUGUGGUUUAGAAUCCCCAUAUGCAAAUGAGCUGCAUAGCCUAUUGAACAAAAGAGAGGUAUGUCAUGAGUGCUCCGCCCCUCUGAAGUCUGCUCAAUCUUCAAGUCGUUCAUGUCUUUAUUUAUUAAUAUUUAUUUGUCUUUUUUGAUUAUUUAUGCACAUAUUCAUUUAUUCAGUGUGGUUUCCAUUCUGUGUACAAAGCAUAUGUAAGGGUGACGAGAGCAUGCUAUAUUUUGAAAAGCAUACUAGCAUACUACUCUUGCUGCAGUAUAUACUAUGUAUCCUUUGCACAGCAUGCAAAUUUUAUCUCAAAUUACCAAAUUUUUUUGUUUUGUUUUGUUCCGUUUUUUUUUUUUUUUUUGCCAGAAUGAGUGGUAAACAACAGACGCUUAAUCCAGAGCCAUAAUAAGAAAUAUUAAGAGUACAAUGUUAUUAAAUAGAAUUCAGGCAGUAUAAAUGAUUUUGUCCCAAAGUUCAAAUUUGUUUAUUUGAUCUUUUUAUUUCCAAUGUGAUGGGUGAACCGAAAAUGUUGUUUGUAAUUUUUCAUUUUUUAAUUGGAUUGGACUGCCAAAAGCAAAAAUGGUCUAUUUUCCAAAAAUACUUUAAUUUUUCCAGUCCUCAUUAAAUAUUAUUUUCUGAAUAAUCCAACACGAUGAGCUCAGUGAAGGAGGUUUGAAGUGUUUAUUGUGAAACAUCCUGUUAAAAAAAAAUAACUAAAAAAAAAGUAUACUAUGCAGUAAGAAGCUAGUAUGCCAUUCCAAACAUAGCCAUAUAGAGAAAGAGAGAGAGAGAGCAGGGGUGAGUAUCUAUGUUUAAUGUCAGAGGAAGAGGUGAUGUCAAAACUACACAAGUCUGCAGCUGGUUUAGAGAAGGUCCGCUGCACCCACUGUCAAAUGUGGAGAACAUUGUGCAUCCCGAAUCAACAUCCUAUCAUUCAAUUCAAGCACCAUCUGCACCAUCUCUCUCUUUCUCUAUCUCUCACUCCUGUAAGUCUUCUAAGGGGACGUGUGUGCAAUCCAUUGCAUGGUAACUUGUACUGAUUGACACAGGGUCAGUAUGUUCACCGGUGUGCUGUGGUUAGUACACCCGGUCCUAUAUUUAGCCCGAGGCAUGUAUGAUCAGCUUUUCUUUAAAGCAAUGACCUGAACAUUUUUUUUUACUUGCUUUUCUUGCAAAUAUUUUCCAUGUUGAUGAGUAGGACCAGCUUCAACUGGUCAGCAGGUUUGACCGUUUGAAUGUAUUGUCAUACACCAUUGUGAAGUGGCUCUUAGAGCUUAGGAUGCCCUCUAAGGAGAUCUGCUCCUGACUCAUGGCCCUCUGCCCACCUGGCACCACAUCGCUGCUGUUUUACCCCCCUAUACCCUUCUGCACUGGCCCGCGGGAGAGGCUGUUUACCUCUCUCCCUCCAUCCCUGGAGACGUCCAAUGUGCGUCACGUUCUGUGCAUCUCUCCUUUUUGUGCCCUUGCUCGUUUUUAUUUCCCAUCUACCCUUCUUCCACGUUCCCCCUCCUGUUCCCCUCUUAGCUCACUGAAAUGUUUUUACAUGGCUUUCUUAGCUGAGCAUUAAUGUGGGAAGAUUUGUUAUGUUAGUCAAAGGCUUUGUUUACAUGGGACUGAAGGGAUAAUAUAGUACAGUGUUGAAUAUGGUGAUAAUGACAGUGAUUAUACGGGGUAGUAAACUGCUAGACUAAAGCCUGCUCCGAGGGACUGCUACCACCUCCAAAAUCCCCAUACAACCCCUGAUUAUCAUAAUAAUACUAAGAGCUAUAAUCUAGCUGAGUCAACCCACCAUGCUCCCGCUCUCUGGGUUUCUCUCUUUGUCUUUCCCCCCUCUCGCUCUUUGAGAGCACUUGUGUUCACUGUUCUUUAGAUAUGAAAGGAGUCACCCUGAUCCGCUCUCCAUAUCGGCCUCGUUUUCAUGUCUUCACAUUCAAAUGGAGAGGCAAAGAGUGCAUGAGUAGACACCGGAUGACUAGGCCCAGAUGGAAUCUGCUGCUUUCCCCAUUUUUAUGCAGAAAGAGUUUAAAUCCGAUAAAAUGUGUUCGGUUGAGCUCAGAGUGCUACACUUUUAUUGGUAGCUGAAUGAAAUUUUCCAAAAUAUGAAAAGAACCCCUGAAAUCGCUUGACAAAUGCAGAGCUUUUUCCUAUUUUGAAUUUCUAUUUGGCACAAGUAGUUUGGGCGGGAUAUAUCUACUGUAGCUAAAGGUAGAUCUCAAGGAACAGGUUUGGGCACAAAAAUGCGUAUAUUCCCACAGAUGAGUCAUGAGUAUGUUUGGUUGGUGGUCUCAGCAGAGAAAGUACAUUUUAAAUGUGUGUAUUUUCUAAAAGUUCAAUGUUUAGGAGUACAAAACCUCUAGACGUGGACAAAACAUUUCGAAACUGUCAUUUAUAUGUCAUGGGGUCUUUAAUAAUGAAACUCGAGGGACUGGAGAUUCAACAUUCUUCAACGUUGUGAUUGACGCGUGCUCCAGUUCUGCACAAAUCUUGAGUUUUCCGUAAGCACAGAUUCUGUAUGGGCCUGAGAGACCAAGAGGAACUAUGAAAGUUCCUCUUUCCAGACACCCGUCUUUUGUCCCUCUCCACACAGGUGCAGUCGCACCGGCCUACACUCCUGUGAUCUGACAGUCUGCCACCUUGCUGUCAACCCAAUCCUCAGCUGGGGCUCGGCUCCAGAGAGCCUGAGUCAUGACCUCUGAUCAUGAGCCAUCCCCCUCUGUAGCACGGAAGCUACGUUUUUAAAGCCACAUGUUGACUUGAUGUCCAGAUACUAGGCUAGAUAUAAUAAAUUGAGAGAGAGAGAGAGAGAGAGAGACAUGAACAAGUCAUUCACUGCUGUCAAAACAACAUGAAGUAUCAGCCCUGGGCAAAGCACCCCACCUGCUCGGCCACACCGCUUCUGACAGGCAAAGAGAGCCCCUGGAGUUAAAUGACAUGUUUUAUUGGGAUCCCUCAGUCACUGAGCUAUCAACACCUUCCUGUAACACAGAAGCAUUUUAACACCACCACAGCCACCGAACAAGAGACCAUUCUGAUAGAGCUUACUUACACCCUUUUCCAUCGAAAUGGUGCUUGUUUUAACAGGAUGCGUGAACGUCUUCUACAAUUGGCCCACAUUUCCUCUGACUUAAGAGCUGAGCGAUGAUGAGUAUGUUACUACAUAAACUGAACAAUUCAGUGCUACAUCAUCUUUUAAGGUGCAGUUACAUUUUCCAAAAAUACAAUCGUUUGGGACACAUACAGCGUUGACCAAUAGAACAGUGCAUGCUGGUGGGUCAAUCAUAGAUAUGCAGGAAACUAGUGGAUUUUUAUUUACAUAUUUAGUCUUGUCAUUUUGAGAGCGCAUUUUACCAUCCAUAAAAUCUGUGUCUUUAUCAUGAGCUGGCUAUGAUGUAAAGGAAGUCCUUUAAAACCUAUUUAAGUAUUUAUUUCAUAAUGUAACAUUUAUAGCAAAACAAUUCUUUUAAUAUUUCAAACACACAACAUUUGUAAAUUAAAGCAAUAAACCACAAGAGGCCGUGCACUACAUUAAGCAGAGUGCCCAAAACUCUUUAAACCAUGGUAAAAUUACUGUAAAUGACAGGGUUGAGUGAUUAUUGUGAAAAAUGAUAACAACAGCAAUAUGAUUAAAGAUACAAAUGUAUAAUAAUUAGUUCAGACUAAACAUUUCAUAUGCUAAAUAGUAUAGUUAAACGCAAUGCAAUAAUCUGAGUGCAAGAGUAUUAGCAUUUUACAAUAAAGUUGAAGCUAUCGGUUUUAUUAAAAUCAUUACAGACUGACAGCGAAAUUGCAGUUAUUAUAGGCUGUUAAGUGUGACAUUUUAGUGUUUUUGGUUUGAGAUUUAAGCAGCGGUUGUGGAGAGCUGAACCAGCAUUUUUCUCAGAAGGAAAUGUGUGGAUUGGGCCAGAUUGGCCACCAGCACCGUGUCGGUUGAAAAGGGGUUAACUGUCACAAACAGAGAGGGUACAGGCACAUCUACGCACUAAUAAUGUUGUAUUAUUUGGUCUCUUGGAGUGUGUCUGUGCAAGAAACGGCACCUGUACCGUAAUUUUUAGAAUAUGUUAGACUGUGACGGUAGCCCAGUGGGGAGGUUCAUGUCGUAACUGUAAACCAGCUGUCUGUCAGUCUUCAACAACGGAUCGGUCAGGCAGGGUUACACCAGAACACAGAGCUCUGGGUAAUACAGACUCCCUAAACAGUGCUCACAAAACACUAACAUGUAAGUCGCGCCUGAGCUGUGUAGUUUUUUGGGGGGUUUUUGCACUCUGUGCAGGAGGGCAUUACACGUUUAAGUUGGACCAAUCUGAAGCAAGCCGUGGUUUUUUUUAGGCAUGCCUUUGGCUGUAUGUUUGCAUAUUAAAUAUGUUUGACCCAGAGGGGCCGUGUGGACCAGCGUUCAGCAGAUAGGUGGGUCUGGACCGGUCUUCUAGAAAAAUCACCGCCUUAUCAUACAAGCAAGUUUCUAUAAGAAACAUCCAGUGAUUUAGUUCAAGCAUUGUGUUCCCGUCCUUUUGGGUUUUUUUAGGUUUUGUGAAAGGAGGCAGGGUCAGAAUUACCCUAGAAUGUAUUAGGCCUUCUUGAGUUGGACUAUCAUAACAGUACAUCUUUGUGUGAUCGCGCAGUAUUAGACAUUGUAUAAGAUAAAAUUCGAACAUGGGAGAAACAAGUAGUAGUCAUCAAAGGCCAGGGUGAUGAUUAUGUCAUUGAGCUUAUGUAUCUUGUAACUUUUUUUUUUUUCGUUCUAAACUCAUUUGUUUCAUUCGAACAGCUUUUUGAUUACAUUACGACGCUUGAGUCCCGUGUAACAGGAGGGUUAAUGUGAUUUACUGUUUUUAUUGAAGAAUGAUAUGUGUUUUAUUUCUCACCGUCAUUGCUUUGACAGCUGUUUGGGCCAAAGGGGAUGGUUUUAUGUAAGCGUUUGCGUCAUUGCAGGUCAGUACGACCCUGUAUCAGCACAUAUUAAUAAAAAAUUACUAAAACCGAA